AGACAAUUGAACCUCCCCAUCAUGAAAUUCCGUUUCUGUGGUGACUUGGAGCCUCCUGCAUGGCUUUUGGCCGAGAUUCCAUGCAUUGCGCAAUCGGUGCAGAAUGGAGUGGAUUUGGAUGUCGUGACUGGCGCCAUCGUGUCUGCAAUCGUGAAAGCCGCCUCAUAUGACGAGGUCUUGGACCAUCUUAUUGCGGCCGUUGGCGAAGUCGAUGCCAAGGCCAUUCUCGUGUCGAUCAAGUGGAUUCUCGUCCACGCGGCCAAGUACAACGUCCAGGAAGGCGUGCUUCUGUCUGAAGUCCAGCAACUAGGAUUGCCUUCGGGUGUGGCUGGCACAUUAGCCUCGGUAUUUCACCUCCAUCAGCAAACGCUGCGCCGCCACUUGCAACUGCACAACCACCUGGUCUUGCCAUACAUGUCAUGUACGAAAUACUCAACCUUUUGUAGGCACCAGCAUCAUCGGCGGUACCUUGCAAAUGGGAGCUGUCGUACACGUUGGCGACGGAAGCAGCCACGGAGCUAGCCGCUCCGAGCAUCCAACUGACUCUGGGCCAGCCUGAAAAAACCAUUGCGUUUGAUCUGGACGUGCACACAUUUCGAGUGUUGCGCCAGGAACUGCACGCUGCACGGGCGUUGAUGGCGUCGUCAGCAUCGCAUGUAGAGUAGAGAAUAAGCGAAUAUGACACUCGAGAAAUACCA